AGAAGUUAAAGCUGAGUUAAGUUAUUAAAGAGUUGAUACAGGCUGAACCCCACUAUAAUCUUUAUGAUUCUUUGAAAAACAGCCUCUUAACAAUAGUUGAUUAAUUUAUCAAUAAUGAAUACAAUUGUUUAUUGCAUACAUUGUAUACACACAGACUAGUGUAGGAAGUGAACUGAUGCAUUCAACAUAUGAAGUCUUAUUUCUCAUUACACAAUACCUUUAUUUUAACUGCAGUGGACGUAAAGCUGGACCCAUCCACCGCUCACCCAUGCCCUUCUCUUUCUCCUGAUGGUAAGAAAGUGAGUGAUAAAGGAAUGAACCAGGAGGUACCUGAUGCUCCUGGGAGGUUUAAUCUGUUUGGCAGCAUUGUGGCUCAAAACAGUUUGGCUUCUGCAAAGUCCUACUGGGAGGUGGAUGUCAGCAACAAGACCGGCUGGGAUCUGGGUGUGGCAAGAGGCAAUGCCAACCGCAGAGGGAAUCUGACACUGAACCCCGAAAAUGGUUACUGGGUAACUGUGCAUUACAAUGACAAAGAAUAUGCCGCCCUCACAACGCCACCUGUACAUCUUUCACUGAAAGGCAAGCCUCAGAAGGUGGGAGUGUUUGUGGAUUACGAAAAAGGACUUGUGUCCUACGACAUAAAUGCAAAAUCACACAUCUACUCAUUUACAAAGUGUGUGUUCAACAAUGAGCUCUUUCCCUAUUACAGCCCACAUCUUAAAAACAAUGGGAAAAAUGCCCAGCCAUUGAUCAUAUUAUGAAAUAUCAUUCAUGACUUUCAAGAAAGGUGUGUGUGUUCUUUCUGUCAGUUUACAAAACUUUAUAUCUAUAAAAUCAUAACUGAUCAACUCCACUAAAAAGGUUACAGGUGUUUUUUUAACCUUCCUUUUCUGUUUUUGUUAAUAGGCUAGCUGAAAAUAUUAUGAUUUUUUUUUAUGAAGAUGGAUGUUGUAAGACAA